AGCGAGCGAGAGAGCGAGCGAGAGAGAGAAACUACACUCAUUUUGGCUCAGCGCAAGAAGCCACUCGCCCGUCGAAAUGAAUGUUACCGCGUUCCAAAAUGGCCGACAACAAGGACACAGUUUCUCUGGCAUGUUCCUCUAGCGCUACACGCUCGGACUAACGUCAGCGCUUCGAUUGAAAAGAAAAAAAAGAUAUUCCCUCUGACUCACUCAAAUGAAUUUAACCCCUGCAUCACACUUUACCACGGCGAGAAGCGCUGGGCAUCAUCGACAUGCUGCGAAACUAGCGAUCGAGACUCAUGUGGACACUGCGGUGAAACCGAAUGGCGGCGAGGGGCGCCAGGUGCAGGGCUGUCCAAGGAGCAUCAGAAGGGAAAGCAUGCCCGUUCAACAUGUGAGCAGUUCAUUAAUGAACGAAUAUCUUUAGUCACUGGCAUCAAUGACAUCUGUCACAUACUGGGAGACAUAACCGUAUUGGGUAGUUUAAUUAGUUGUCAUGCAACGCAGUCUCCAUAAAUUGUCUUAAAAAUGAUAGUGACAGCUGUGCUCCAUCAGCAUGGGUGUUAUUUAAUGAUCUCGCGCGCAUCGGCUUGACACUGUGUGGACGAGCACGCGGACGCUGUAUUGCGCGUCUCAGCUGUUUCGGGACCGGAGCGCCUUUGCGCUGAUUACACAAAACGACAUAAAACUCGACAGGCAGUGGACAUCCUGCUGCAAGGAUUGUAUUUCCUCUCGAAAUUUAGUUGAUGGGGAGGAACGCGUUGCGAGCAACCGCAACAGAAAACCAAUAAUCAUUUGUUCGUUUAAAACUCAUAAAAAUCCCCGAUUUUUUUUUUUGCGUUGGAACGUCUAAUUUGGAGAUGUAAUCGACUUCGAUGCCAUCUCUUUGGGACGCGUUCUACACAUCGCCUCAUCGCGCAGCUGUACGCGUUGGAGAUGCGCGAUUGUCUUCGAGGACCGUCUGGGCAAUAAGUGUGAAACCGCUCGUGAGUAAACGACAAAUGCGUGCAUGAAACAUUAAUGAUAGAUGCGAUUAUUUUACACUGAAGUGAAAUUAGGGUUAGAAAUAAUAGAAUGAAGGUGCAAAGAAAUAGUGUGUUAUGAAAUAACCAAAUAUUGUGAUGAACGGACUUUGCAAUGAGUCGAAAUGCAUGCGUGGGACAUUUUAUGCCAUCUUAAGUUGCAUAAUGAUAAGCUAUAUUCAUGGCUUGAAUGAAGAGAUCUUGGUUUUGUAAUGAAGGUGCAAAGAGAGAAGGGGGAAACUGGGUUGUUCUGAAAGACAUGCGCACACCUCCCAGAAGCCAAUUUAGAAUUGCAGUGGAUUUAUCAGAAGAACUUUGGUCCCUCUCUCUCUCGCUCGCUCUCCCCCCCUCUCUCUCUCUCUCUACCUUUUCAUCACAAUCGCCUCUGGAAUAGAAUGACUCCCAAACACUUCAGUCUGGAAUAUGAGUCAUGAAUAGACGGCCAGAAAACCGCUGCAGUGCUUCAACUCCACAUUUGAAAGAGAAACGGAAGAGGAUGCACACCAGAGAAAUGGGCGAAAAGGAAAUCGGCUUUCCUUCCUGUUUAAAGGAUAUUCGCUGACUUGGCUUUUUGUGUCGCAUCCUUACCUUGGACUUGAGGUGCUUGGAAUGUCCUGUGACUAUCAAAUUAGUUUUUUUUUGUUCAUUUUUAUUACCAAAUGAGUAACAUCUGGCUGAAUGACUGAUGAAGUUAAUUUCUGCAAACUGGCUUUGAUCUCAAUUCCACGAUUCUUUGGUGGCAGUGGAAAAAUGGCAUGCUUGAUGGAAGAAUAGCAAUGCACACAUACACAAACACAUGCUCACACCCAUCGUAAACCAACAAACAAAUUAACAUUAUCAUCCUUUGAAUGUGAAUACAAAUUCCCAAUAUGGAAUUUCUUCAUCCCUUUCCAGUACUGUGACUUCCAAAACUGAAUUUAACUUUGAGGGUAUCUCAGAUUAAAACCACUGACUAUUUUAGCCUGGUUACCCAACUCUAACGCCAACACAUUUCCAUCUCUCCCCCCCACCCGCUCCACGUGGGGGGGGGAGAGCUUCCUCUUACGGGGUGAUCCCAGAAGCUUGUCCCGGCAGACGGUGACUGUCACGCAGGUGUCCAUCAGAAUGGAUGCUGGGCAGGGCAGCCCGGAAAGUCCUAACCGGGCAGUGGAAUACCUGCUGGAGCUUAACAACAUCAUCGAGAGCCAACAGAAGCUUCUGGAAACUCAACGGCGGCGCAUUGAGGAGCUUGAAGUGCAGCUGGACCGGCUCAGCCAGGAGAACAAAGACCUGAGGUUGGACCGACAGCCCUGCCUGCCCCCACCUCCACCUCCCGUCCAGCCACCCACUUCCAACGCUGCAACCUCCACCAAAGUCUAUGCUUAUAAGACUCACAACAGCGGGCCCAUCCCGAUACCCAUCCUGGCUCCGGCUCCCCCGCCCCCACCACCACCCGUGCCACCACGGGACCGUCGUGUCAAUGCCAACACUCACAUGAGGCUUGGCCAAAGCCUGUCAGCUGGAGCCAAUGCCACGGAGCAAGAGAGGAACAGAGACCGGGAACGAGACUGCACCGCUACCAGUUUGAGAAGCUCUCUGCAGAGACAGCCAGAAGGAUACUCCUGCAACAAAGACAGGUCACCACCCUAUUCCACCUGUAGUAGUACUUCUACUCGUACCAAUUCUUCCACCUCCUCUACUGCUACUCCAGCUUCUACCUCUGUCCACACCAGUCUGACCGCAAACAGCCCCUCCACCCACCACCAGUACUGCUGCCCCGCGCGGCUCCUUCUGCCCAAGCCGCCCUGCGCCCUCCCCCCUGCCCGGCACCCGGAGCAGGCAAGAGAGGAUGAGGACGAUGACAUCGCCCAUCAGUUCUGUUGCCCCGCCUCUGAGUGCAGUAGCCCUUCCUCUAGGUAACCAGCAGACUUGUUGGCCCAACCCCUGACAACAUCCCCCAGUUUUGCGCUGCCCACUCCAAAAAGACUGUAUGGGGUGAACUUGUCAAUCUUGUCAAUCACCUGGAUGCUAAACUUGAACCAAGUGCAUCUGAAUCUGCAGCCUAAAUGCAGCGGAUCUUAAUUUAACUAAAACCGAUGAAACGAUACAAAAAUAUCCUUUGCACUAGCAUGUCAUCUGCAUCCUACCACCUCUCGGAAAUGGACAAAUAUCCUGUAGGUGACUGAAACAAGCGAAAGAGAAUGAAAACCAUUGCUGUACAGUAGUAAUAAGGGGACAUAAUGGAGAAGAUCUGAAGUGGAAGAUCAAUCCGAAGAGAUGAACCAAGCGAUGGAAAAAAAAAGAAACGAUGGUCCCCUUUUCUCCACCUCUGUCUUUCACCUGGUUCUCUCAUUGUCGCAAUCUCAGCUUCUUUUUGUUUUCUGUUUUUGUCUUUCUUCCUCUGGCCUCUGUAUCUUGUCUGCCAAACACCUGUGUAACUUUAGGACAGUCUGUGAUGUGUCUGUUCCCACAUUUAGUGUCAAAAGAAAGGUUAUGUGUUUUUUUUUCUUUCUCCCCCCUCAGUAUCAUCAUCUGUUUCCCCACCGAGAGAAAAAAGAUGCUUGUCUGUUGGCUCAACUGUCAAAGUAACCCAACAAAAUUAAGGAUUUACAAUACUUUUAUGUAUAUGUAUCAGGACCAGCAUGACAGCAAGCCUCUGUAAAGCCAUAUUUGAAUAUGAAGCUUCACUGACCACCAUUUGUCAGUUCAUUUUGAUUUGCUUUCUUGACAUUUCGUGUCUUUUUGUACUGUUGAUUACUGGCAUUUGCUUAUCACCUUACCAAUCCAAAGCCGAACCGGUUUGCGUCAUCCCACUUCUACAAACUCAAUCUAAAGUUUGUGACUCUGUACAUACAUGUAAAUGUCAAUGUUUGACACGUAAUGCAGUGCAGGACACUUUGGACCAUGUUGAAGGAGAAAAAGACCUGGGUGGCAUGUUAGCCUAGCGGUGUAGGUUAGUAACAACAACAGGGUUUAAGCGGUGCUCCAAAGGCUACUCAAGUUUUUCAAUCUCUGGCCUUCUUCAGUGAAUGAAUCCUCCAAAAUGGCACUGAAUUAUCCAGGUAUAGUAGUGAGAUAUUAUUAUUAUUAUUAUAGUGAACUUCUUACUGUACCUCAGGUAUAUAAGAUACAACGUAAACAAAACGUUUGGCACUAUUGUAGAUUACAUCACUCUGGUGUGGUGGUUCCAGUAGCUAAAUGUCCAGAGUUUGACAUGCUGUCACAGUUCAAAAACGGUCUCACCUCAUUGGUCAGUGUCCAAGAUCGUUUUGGAUGAGUUAUUCUAAUACUGUAGUGUUUUGUUUGUAAUAUGUAAUUGAACUGACAAUAUCCUGAAUGGUCAUACGCACAACGUACUUAAUGAAUUGCUUUGGAAAAACUGAUUCUUACUUUAGCAUUUAUCAUUUUAAUAAGAUUAGUAUUCCUUGCCUGAUCAGUUAUAAUAUCAACUGAAAAGGAAUGUUGAGGUCAGAUGAAAAAUGAAUGUAAAAAAAGGUGAUAGGAAUCAUUGCAUGAACCAAAUACCUUUCAUGGGAAGAAUUGCAACAGGACUGAGAAAUACAAGAAAACACAUUAGCCAAAUGUAUUACCAUGAAAUGCCCCCAUAUUUGUGACCGGAUGAUGACAAUGACAUUGUUGCCACUUGCUCAGAGACUCAAUUGCAUAAACUGAAAACAAGAAAAUCCAGUCAGUGAGUUUCUCGAGCUCUAAUGCAUGUUCCAAAAAGUCAUUGCUCUUUUUAAACUCUUUCAUAGUUGUGAAUGAUAAUGUUUUUUUAAUUAUCAUUAUUGUGGAGGCUUUAUUGUUUUCAGUUUAUGUUGUACCAGCUUUUUGGAUGUCUUUUUCUGAGCCAUUAAAUACAGAAAGAAUGGAGUUUGAAGGCAAAGGCUCAUAAUUCACUAGUUAACCAGUCAUUGCAACAGCAAUGUGCUGUCACUCACAGAGAGGGUGAACAUUUUGUGGUGGAACAUUUUGAUUCAGGGACGUACUACAGCUGAC